AAGCUAAUCAUGGCGAAUGUUAGAAAAAAAACUUAGUACACAAAUAAAUGUGAAAGUCAGAUAAUAACUGGACAAAAAUGUGAUUAAAUAUGAUGAGAUUCAUAAUGACAGCAGUCAGCAAAGCAAAACCUCUGCCACUGGGUAGUGGCUCAGGACUUAAAGGUCAAAGGUCACAUCUACGGAAUUUCCAGUCACAGAGUAGUCCUGUGUAUAAACUGCAGUCCGAGUCUGCCAAUGGCACGAGGGGAGUCCGCAACAAUAGAGUCAAAGAAAGGAGAGGGAUCUUUACAGUUGGAGGAAAUAACGAUAAGACAAAAGUGAAAUCCCUGGAGGAUGUGGCUGCAGCAAUAAAGAAUGAGGUGUUUCAGAACAUUGUGGUGGUGGCUGGGGCGGGCAUCAGUACCCCCAGCGGCAUCCCAGACUUCAGGACUCCGGGUACUGGUCUCUAUGACAACCUCCAGCAAUACAGAAUCCCCUACCCAGAAGCCAUCUUUGAUAUAGACUUCUUUCAUCACAAUCCCAAACCUUUCUUUACUCUUGCCAAAGAACUGUAUCCCACUGGAAAAUACAGGCCUAACUUCAUUCACUACUUUGUUCGACAUUUACACGACAAGGGGAUGUUACUCCGCAUGUACACACAAAACAUUGACGGCCUUGAGAGGAUUGCUGGCUUGCCUGCUGACAAAAUGGUAGAAGCUCAUGGAACGUUCUCAGAUGCCACUUGCCUUAUAUGUAGACAGAGACAUGACAAAGAGGAUAUUAAGGAUGCAAUAUUUUCGGACAAAAUCCCAAAGUGCAAAAAACCAGGAUGUAUGGGAGUUGUCAAGCCAGACAUUACAUUUUUUGGAGAAGACCUACCAAAGAGAUUUUAUUUCUACAUGAGAGACAUGCUACAAUCAGACCUUGUCAUUGUCAUGGGAACAUCAUUAGAGGUACAACCUUUUGCUGGAAUUAUUGACUCAGUGAAAUGGGGAGUUCCUCGAGUGUUAUUUAACAUGCAUGCUGUGGGACCAUUCAAAUAUCAGAGGCGAGCACAGGACUUCAUCUCCCCAGGUGACCUAAUUAACAGUGUCCAGAAGUUCACAGAUUUAGUUGGCUGGAAAGAGGAUAUGAAAGAACUCAUUACCAAAGAGGAGGGCAGAUUUGUGCUGUGCUCACCAGACUACGCAAAGAAAAUGAAAGAAAUGCAGAGUAAACCACCCCCGCCACCCCCCAGAGAGCCACCAGUCAGAUUCUGGAGACAGCCCGCCAAGCUCAACUUAUUUGACUCCGAAUCUGAGAGUUCCUCGGAAAUGUCCGAAACAGAAUCGGAGUCAUCUGAAGAGGACGAAAAUCCGCGACCUGGCAACAAAAAUAACAACUACAGAAGAGGAGUUGGCAUGUCAAAGAGUGCCCCAAGGGGAGGCAGCAAAAAUGACCAGGACAUGAAAAGAAACACCAAACCUGGAGUGAAUGGCAAGAGGAACUACAGCACGGAUUCCCAGCUAACCACCAGGUCAGAGAGACCUGUAAGGAACAAUCGCAAUCAUGCAACUGCCGUGAAGGUCACACAAGGCGAAGUGAACCAGGUUGCUUCACGUCUAGACCGAGUCAGUAUACGACCAAAAUCCAAUACUCCAGACUUGGGAAAAGGAAAACUGUUUAACGAGAAGCCUAUACGAAGAACUGUUUCAGAUAAAAAUCUGAAAUCUAAGGUACCAGGUGUGAAUCGACCCCUGCUGCAGAGAUCAAAUUCUGCAAAAUCUGUUAACGAGAAAGAAGCAAAAAGUAGAAAAGAGCAGAAAGAGUCUUCUAAUGGCAAGUCAGUAAGUGAAACAAAGAGUGAAAACAAGGUUAAAGCUGCUGAUUCAUUGGUGCUAAAGAAAGGAAAUGAGGAACUAUAUCAAGAGAACAACACUGUGAUAAACGGAGUGAAUAAUUGUUCAGAGUCUAGUCAAACAAUGACAGAGAAUGCUAGGAAUAAAAUAAGUAACGAGAGAUCCCAUACUAGGCCUCCCCUCCCUCAAAACCAAAGAAACAGGAAACCUCCCCUAAACCCCAUUAACCCUCGUCCGUACGGAUUCGAGGCUCAAAGAAAAUUGCCCCACAGACCAUCUAUUCAAGCCAACCUGGUGAGGGAAAAAUUCUUUACAAAAGAAGACAGUCGGCCAGCAUCUGCAGAGAUGCCACGCAUUGCGUAUCGCCAUCGAUUGAAACCAUCCUACGAUGCCAGGAUCUUUGCCACAAGAGUGGUAGAUACCAGUUCUGAAAGCUCAGAGGAGAGUUCAAGUGAUGAAUCGCGGUAAAUUUCAUUAUGAGAAACAUAUUUUCCCCAUUUAAUAACAAGACUCCAUGGAUACAGAAAAAGCAUUGCAUAUUGGAUGCUGCUGAGAAAUUAUGUAACUAGCAUUUAGAGCCUUUUUUAAUAUGUGAUAUUUUUCUUUCUGUAAAUCGAGAACCAUUCAUUAUUACGUGUAUAGCCUUUUUGUGAUUAUUCAUUGCCUUCUCUGCUCGCUUUAUUCGAUGUUUAAUAUGGUAAAGGUAGCAUUUAAUAUUUAUUAACACGGGUACUAUAAUCAUGGUAUAUCUUAUCAUUUCCCCCUAUCUAUCUGUUUGCUUUAUUGUAACCAUGAAGCCUUUAAUUUUGCAAGAUAUAACGGGUAAUUGAGUUAACUGAAAUUUAAAAUAUUAACAGAACUUUUUAAAAGAAUGGUUCAGAACAUGUACAUUUUACUGAGUAAGAGACCAUUGGGAUAUAUUAUGACAGAAUAAAAAAUAUGAAAAAAGUGUUUGAUACAACACAAUGCCUUUUCAACAAGCAUUAUGAUAUUGCUUUUAUUCAUUUUUUUGAGAUAUUAUUUUCCAUUUUACUUUCCAUUUAUGAAUAAUGGCAUCUUUUACUGAUAUCUAGCUGUACAAUUCAGGACAUUACCUCCAUCAAAAUGUGCAUUAUUUUUGUUUUUUAUAAUGUUAAUGAUUUUUUUCCAUCAAUUUCUUUAGAUCAGUUAUAGUUAAAAAUUUAUUAUGAUUAGAUGUGUAAAGUACUACAUGUAGUAUGCUUUAGCUGGUUUUAAUUUCAUAUACAGGUAUGUUGAGAAAUACUUGGUAUAACAUGCAAUGAAAUUGAAUUUUCUGUCUGAAGUAAGUGCUUAAAUGAAAACAUAUUUACAAAUUCAAAAUAAUAUUUUAUAGAACUGUAGAAAGAUCAAAUUCAAGUGUUUUGAAGAUUCAAAUCAGAAAACCCUAGCUUAGCUAUAGUGGUACUGGACCAGUUAUUGGCUGAAAUUUACAGGGUUUUUUUUUAUUGUUUUUUAUUUUUAUCUGAAUAAUUCUGCAUUAAAUUUGACAGUGUAAAUGGUCGACUCCUUCUAUUGAUAUAAUUAUAAAACAUAGUACAUACAACUAUUUCAGGUACUUCUUACAACAUCCUGUUUUUAUAUUAAACGUAGUUGAACUAUUUCAAGAAAUAAUGUUUAAUGCAGUGAAUAAACAUUUCUUAAGUCAUAGCAGACGAUCGAGAUAACAUAUAUCUCAGAUAUACAUGUUCUAAUACAUGCAACUAAACUCGGGAUUUAGCCAAUAACUGGUCCUAGCCAAAAACUGGUCCAGAACCAGUAUAGACUAGAACUUUGGUUCUUCUUAUUCGUUGAUAAAUAUUAGGAUGUUUAAUAGUAAUUUGUACUUAACUAGAUAUUUCAUGUGCAUUGUUAGCUUUUUUUUUUUUUUUGUUAUAUCUACUUUGAAUUAAUUAUUGUGUAGUAUGAUAUUUUAUUCUCCCCAGCCUUGGAUGAUUAUUGGACUAUAUUGCAGCAUUAACCUCAAACUUUGCAAAAUUAUGUAAACACGGAGAUUUUGAAAAUUUAUAUUACAUAAUUUUGUUACCUCUUACUAGCUGUUGAUUAUAUGUAGGUCUGUGAUAAAAAAAAAAAACAGAGCCAUGAUAAAGUAUAUUGGUUGUUUUAAU